UGCGGCAGGGGGGUUGUAGAUAUGCGAAGCGCAGCGCAGAGUCUUUCCUUUCCCCAUCUCUGCAUUCUCCGUAGGUCUGCAGGCCUCUCGUCAACCGCGCGGCGACACGAUGGUGAAGUUCCUGAAGCCCAACAAAGUGGUCGUGCUCUUGCAAGGCCGCUAUGCCGGCCGCAAGGCUGUCAUCGUGAAGAACUUCGACGAUGGCACCAAGGAGCGUCCUUACGGCCACGCUAUCGUCUGCGGCAUCGCCAAGUACCCUCGCAAGGUUAUCAAGAAGGCUUCACAGAAGACCAUUGCCAAGCGCUCAAGACUCAAAGCUUUUACUAAAGUGGUCAACUACAACCACAUAAUGCCCACCAGGUAUUCCUUGGACGUGGAUUUGAAGAACACCGUAACUGCCGACAAGUUGGAGUCUACAGCUAGUCGUGUAGAAUCCAGAAAGGCGGCCAAAGCUGUUUUGGAAGAGAGGUUCAAGACUGGCAAGAACAGGUGGUUUUUCUCCAAGCUUAGGUUCUGAGAAAAUUUUCAAGAUUUUCUGCAGUUUGAGAUGAGAGAAUCUCGUUCUGUUCCUGAAACUUUUUCUGGAAAGACUGGAUGAUGUUCUUCAUUCACUACUGGAAGUCAUAUUUUCUCGGUUCACUUUCCUUUGAA